CCUUCUUUACCGCCCCAAAACGACGCAGUUCACCGCCGUUCCGCGCCAUUCUACUCCGGCGCCGGAAAGAAACGUCUCUCCGCUGCCGACCUUCUCCUCCUCGUCCGGUUCACUCAACCAAAGUCUUAACAGAACCCAGAACUCACACCCACUAACUUUUAUUCUGUCGCAGGAAGAAGACACGGUCUAACGCCCUCGCGCGGAGAAGCUCAGAGGAAUUGUCGAAGGAGCUCGAGAUGUUCUCGAUCGCUGCUAUCAACGAUACGGAUUCUAAGGGGCAAUGGGAGCCUUUGGCGCCCUCCAAGGAAGCCCAGGAAUUUCAUCUUUCGCAAACUUAUCACGAAGGACUUCUCAAAUUACAUGCUAAGGAAUAUGAGAAGGCGUGUGAACUGCUGGAAACUGUCCUCAAGGAUCCCCUCAUAUCAAGCGCUCAAGUAAAUGCUGGUGCUAGUGACGGUCAUCUUUUGCAGCUCAGAUUUUUGGCUUUGAAGAACCUUGCUACAGUCUUCCUUCAACAAGGUUCUGCCUAUUAUGAAAGAGCAUUGCAGUGUUAUAUACAAGCUGUAGAAAUUGAUGCCAAAGAUUCUGUUGUCUGGAACCAGCUUGGUACGUUGUCAUGUUCAAUGGGCUUGCUAAGCAUUUCGCGUUGGGCAUUUGAGCAAGGGCUUUUGUGCAGUCCCAACAAUUGGAAUUGCAUGGAGAAGCUACUGGAAGUUCUUAUAGCAAUUGGUGAUGAGGCUGCAUGCGUCUCUGUCGGAGACAUGAUUUUGAGGCAUUGGCCAUCCCAUUCUCGUGCUUUGCAUGUCAAAAGUGCCACUGAAGAAACAGAAACAGUCCCAUUUGCUCCUCGAGGAAUUGAUAAGCUGGAGCCUAAGCACGUCCGUCUCAAAUUCCCUGAUAAACGAAAAGCAGCCAAUGACAAUCCUGACAUGUGUGCUCCUGUCAAGAGGUUGAAUCAGAAAGUGGAGUUGCUUUUAGCAGAAGCUUCAUGGAGUUCUGUCGUUAGUGGACUUCUUGACAUUUUACUUCCUUUGAGUGGUUGUGAUUCUGAGAGGGAUGACAAGGAGCAUAGAUCUGGGGAUGUUUGCUUAGAUAUUAAACUGCCUUCCGUCUUGGAAAAUGUAGUCCUGCCUUUGCACAAUGAACUGCUUAAUGCUAAUUCAGUUGCUGAAGGUAUGUCUCAGGGUGAUUCUGAUGUGGAAAGAGCAAUUACUUUCAAGGAGAAGGCAGUGAGUAAUUUUGAGGAACAACCUCAAGAAAGGAGGAGUACUCGUCUUGUGACUCUUAGGAGUCGUAAACCAGGAAAGGAAGGAUCUGAAUUCGCUACUAGUAAGAAUCUUGCAGAAGUCAUUAAAUUUUUAGAACCUUUUAUUGUGGGAUCAAAUGAUAAAGGUUCUAAUGGCUGUGAUAGCUGUUCUACAGCAUCUCAUGAGUCUGCCACCACAGUGGAGUCGGAGUUCUAUGAUGUUACAAGAUUUGUGAAAGAAACUUCGAAAAAUUAUGGGGCUUACCAUGUAUCUCACUUGCUAUUGGAAGCAGCUGCAACUAGACGUCUGACAUACCUGGAUCCAUGUAUUAAAUUCUUAGAGAUGGAGAAAUUGACAAGACACUGGGGCCAGGACAGGACCCUGGAAUGUAAUGUUUUUCUUGCUGAACUUUACUAUGACAUUGGUUUAACUUCUUCUGGGGAGUCUGGGCUUUCCGAUUUUGUCUCCGACGCAUCUUAUCAACUCUGUAAGAUAAUCGAACAGGUGGCUUUGGAAUAUCCUUCAAAUUCAUGUAGUGAAUUACGAGAUAAGAGUUCAUCUUUAGCCGAAAGCUUUCAAGGUUCUGACCUUUCAUCUUCUGAUGCAUCUCCAUAUCAGGAUACGGUACAAUUUUCUCCACCGAUUGAGAAUAACAGUCCUUUUUGGAUUAGGUUCUUCUGGUUAAGUGGACGGGUCUCUCUCUUGGAAGGCAACAAGGCUAAAGCUCUUGAACAAUUUUCCAUGUCCUUGUCGCUUUUAUUAAGGAAAGAUAGUAAUAGUGGUCAGUCAUCUGUCCGUUUGCCGCACUGCAAGACUAUCAAAGAGCUAACAGUUGAUAGGCUUGUUUAUGAGAUUAACAUGCUAAAGGUUGAUCUUUUGCUAGAGAAAGUAAUGGAAGAUAUGACUGAAAAAGAACUGUAUCUUGACUGCAUUAACCUGCUGGCUCCACUUGUUUUCUGUACGGUAGAUGUGCACAUUGACCUGGGACCCUUGUCGGUCACUACUGGCGAAAAUGGUCAGGGGAUGACCUAUAUUGAGCUACGGGCCCUAGACACAUUGAUUAAGGCUGGUGAGAGCACAAAACCAAUGGAUAUAGAGGUCAUUUUGAAAUCUCGACAGCGGAAGCUGCAGAUACUAGUGGUAGCAGCUGGUGUAGAUGACUUACAUUUGUCGAGUAAACUCUUCCAGAGAAAAUCAGGGUCUCUUCAAAUAUCGUCAUCUGAAACGGAGUCAAAAGAAAGUUUUACCAAGCGCUGGAAUUGCUUGGUUGUUGAAGAAAUAAAGGCAAUUUCACAAUGUGUCUCAAAAGCCAAGGAAUUCAUCGAUCAAGAUGGAGAUCGUAACGGUGUUGCCAUUCUAAAGAGCAGCAUUCGAGAUAUUCAGUAUUUGCUGCUGGCAGCUAUGUGCAAUGUUGCAAGGACACUUUCCUCUAGGACCUUUUCUGGGUCUGUGACUGUUGAUCAGACUGAACAAAAGCAAAGAGGCGCCUUUCUUGAUGCAGCCAUUACGUUCUGCAAAUUGCAACACCUGGACGGUAGUGCAGAUGUUAAAACUCAGGUUGAAUUGAUUGUGGCAAUUCAUGAUUUGCUGGCUGAAUAUGGGAUAUGCUGUGCGGGAGAAGGUGGCGCAGGCGAGGAAGGGACAUUUCUUAAAUUCGCAAUAAAGCAUCUGUUGGCCUUGGAUAUGAAGCUUAAAUCGUGUUUUCAAAAUGGGGAAGAUACUCAACAAAAUAUGCAGCUGUCUGAAGAUAGUUGCCGACGAACAGAUGGAAUAGAUAUGGAAAUUGCAUGUGAUGAAGUCAGUGAAACUAGUUUUUUGGAAAAGGAUCUUUCUAGGGGGAUAUAUUCUGACAGCAUUUCGUCCGUUGAUGAUAAAAUUCAGGAGGUUGAACACCAAAAGGUAUGCGGCAAUGAGUAUAAUCAGAAUACUGAAGGAGGGGAGCAUCAAUCAAGGGAAUGUCAAGAUGAACUGAGUGAGGAGGAAAGAGAAGAACUUGAGUUGAAAAUUGAUCAGGCAUUGGAUCAAUGUUUCUUCUGCUUGUAUGGUCUAAAUCUUAGAUCUGACUCAAGCUAUGAAGAUGAGUUAGCCACUCACAAAAAUACUAGUCGUGGAGAAUAUCAGACCAAAGAGCAGUGCGCUGACGUUUUCCAGUAUAUUCUCCCUUCUGCUAGGGUGUCAUCUAAAACUGGAUUAGUCAAGCUUCGCAGAGUCUUAAGAGCUAUACGCAAGCACUUCCCACAACCUCCAGGAAACGUGUUGGAUGGAAAUCCGAUAGAUAGAUUUCUGGACGAUCCUGAUUUAUGUGAAGAUAAACUCUCAGAAGAAGCUGGAUCUGAUGGGUUCCUUCAAACCAUGACAAAGAUGAUAUUUUCAACCACGGGAGGCGUCAAGCAGUACAAGAAAUCGGUAGUAGGAAGCUCUGAACCAUAUCUAGAUGUUUAUCGGAACUUGUACUUUUUCCUGGCUCAAUCCGAAGAAAUGAGUGCAUCUGAUAAAUGGCCUGGCUUCGUUCUCACAAAGGAAGGUGAAGAAUUUGUACAGCAAAAUGCGAACCUUUUUAAGUUUGAUUUGUUAUACAACCCUUUACGCUUCGAGAGUUGGCAACGACUUGCAAAUAUAUAUGAUGAGGAGGUAGAUUUGUUGCUAAAUGAUGGCAGUAAGCAUAUAAAUGUUUUGGGAUGGAGGAAAAAUGCUGCUUUACCGCAAAGAGUAGAAACAAGUCGAAGAAGAAGUAGGCGGUGCCUUCUAAUGAGUUUGGCUCUAGCUAAAACACCAGAUCAGCAGUGUGAGAUUCAUGAAUUAUUGGCACUAGUAUACUAUGAUAGCCUUCAGAACGUGGUCCCUCUCUUCGAUCAGCGAUCUGUUCUACCCACAAAGGAUGCAGCAUGGACAAAAUUUUGCGAGAAUUCAAUGGAACAUUUUAGGAAAGCAUUUGCAAAUAACCUUAAAUUCGAUCAUCAUCACUAUAAUGAUGCUUUGGCUGCCUGCUGCAGACAGGAUUGGUCACAUGCAUUCUACAUGGGGAAACUCUGUGAAAAGCUUGGAUAUGCACCUGAGAGGUCAUUAUCAUAUUAUGAUAAGGCUAUUGCUUUGAAUACCUCAGCAGUUGAUCCUGUAUACAGGAUGCACGCUUCACGAUUAAAGUUGCUUUGUAAACAUGGGCACCAGAAUUUAGAGUAUUUAAAGGUUAUUUCAUCGUAUUCCUUCAAUCAGUCAACAAGGAAUGAAGUGAUAGAUAUCCUUGGGAAAGUUGGUCCUGAAGUUUACAAUCCUCUGGUAAAUAUUAUAGGGAUCAGUUGUCAAAUGAAUCCAGAGAGGAAGCCUGAGGAAUUGCGCCAGAUGGAAGAUGCUUGGAACAUGCUUUACAAUGACUGUCUCUCCGCCCUUGAAACCUGUAUUGAGGGGGAUCUUAAACAUUUUCAUAAGGCCAGAUAUAUGCUUGCUCAAGGGUUACACAGAAGAGGCAAAAGGGGUGAUCUGGAAAGGGCAAAAGAUGAGCUGUCCUUUUGUUUUAAGUCAUCUCGCUCUGCAUUUACAUUUAACAUGUGGGAGAUUGAUGGGAUGGUUAAAAAAGGAAGACGCAGAACCCCUGGCAUUGCUGCAAACAAAAAAUCCCUUGAAGUUAAUUUACCAGAAAGCUCAAGAAAGUUCAUUACGUGCAUCCGGAAAUAUUUGCUGUUUUAUCUGAAGCUAUUGGAGGAGGCUAAAGAUAUCUGUACGCUUGACAAGGCUUUUAUAUCAAUUAGAGCUGAUAAAAGGUUCUGCUUAUGCAUAGAGGAUCUAGUUCCAGUUGCGCUUGGAAGGUAUAUUAAGGCCAUAAUAGCAUCGAGGCUCCAGGCUGACAUUCUCAACUCUGGGACAAACACUUCUGAGCAUCUUCUGGAAAAGCUGUUUGGUUUGUUCAUGGAACAGGGGAAUCUAUGGCCUGAUGUUUGCAGUUUGCCCGAAUUGAAAGGCUCAGAAGUGUCGGAAGGCAGUCUAUAUGGGUAUCUCCAUCAAUAUAUAAAUUCACUCGAGAGAAAUGGCAAGCUUGAAACUAUUGAAGCUAUCAAUGAGAAGGUUCGGAAGCGUUUUAAAAAUCCAAAGCUAUCCAACAGUAAUUGUGCAAAAGUCUGCAGGCAUGCUUCUAUUGCUUGGUGUCGAUCUCUUAUCAUUGGUUUGGCAUUGAUCACACCUCUAGAACCUGGAAUUUCAUCUGAUAUCCAGGAUCUUCAUCAGACAGAUAAUGGGUUAGAAAGCAGCCAGUUCCUUUGUGUAGAUCUACAGACAAGUGAAUUGUGGAAUCCUUCGUUUGAGGACGCAAGCCAGUUGAAACAUCUGGAGAUAAGAUGGGGCCCAGUAUUGUCUAAGGUUAAGAAUACUAUAGUAAAGAAAGCUUCAGAUGAAAAUCUGGACACUGUAAGAGAUCUUCUUAGAUGCUUAUACAACUUCUACCGGGAAAGCUCCUCCAUAACGCUCCCGUCAGUUGUGAAUCUUUAUCUAGUGCCAUAUCAGUUGAUACGGGGAAUACAAUCUCAAACAGCAACGGAAGGGGUAGAAAUUCUUGAUGUUAGCAUUCCCAGAAAGCUUCUUUUGUGGGCCUACACACUGUUGCAAGGCCGUUAUGCCAGUGUUUCAGCUGUUGUAAAGUACUGUGAAGAAAAUGUUAAGCCGAAGAUGAAAAAAACAGUUGGGCCCUCCUCAACAGCAUCAACUGCAACUGUACCUAACACCAGCACUGCAUGCCCAGGUGGAGCUAAAGAUGGAGUGACCUCAAACCCUUGUCCAGCAGGCGGCGAAGUGGGAGCUCCUGCUUCCGCAAGCGCGAGUACAGCUGCUGAAGAUAGGAGUGCCGUGCUAUCCCAUGAAGAAGAUCGAGACAGAAAUAGUGUAAAUCUACAGGUUUGCCCUAACGGCAGUAAAAAGAGUUUGUUUGUCGCUCCCCAACUGCAGCAAUGUCGGAAUAGCUCGGUUACAGACAAGGGCACUUCAAAAGCACAUGAAGGAGAAGGUCCCAAUGAUGGCUGACUUUACUGCUGUACCAUUUUGUGUUGAAAAAAGUUGUUUGCAUGUAUUGAUGCAUUCUCUGCUCUCCUUUAUUGUUUUUUUUUUUGGCUAUAUCUUUCUCGGCAAUCGUCAUUCUCUCCUGGUCUUUCCUUGUAUAUGCUGAAUUAGAGAAAGUAAAGGGGUAAAAAGUUGCACGUGUUAUCAACAUUUUCAGUGGAAAUAAAGAAAGAAACAUUAGGAA